CAGUUGGUAACAAGUAAUUUCAAUCGCAGCUAACUUCAUGCUAUUUCUAAAAUUACAAUAUUUUCGUCUAAUUUGCUAAUUUGGCAAUGGAAAUUUAUAUUAUACAGCACAAAACAGAAAGUAAAAAUAGUACGCAAUAAAAUGGAAUUAGAUUUUUUGACGCAGUGUCGACUGGAAAGGUGAAACUUCAGUGUUGCAAAUAUUUGAGGUUAUCUUGCUUGCAAUACUUUGAUAAAGUUUCACUCACAUUUUAACACCACGGUCUACGUGUUAACUUACAUUACACCUUCCAUUCUAUGUGGUCUUUUUAAUUUGCCAAACUGGAUGUAAUUUUCAUACAGUAACAAGUGUCUUUUCUACAAACGGUGACAUAGUCUUGUAAUAAUGGCUAACUGGGAAGAGAAGAAAUCUCUAAUAACUCGCAAUCUUCAAGAAGUGCUAGGAGAUGAGAAAUUAACUGAAAUUAUAAAGCAAAGAGAUCUCAAGAUUUACUGGGGUACAGCAACAACUGGGAGACCUCACGUUGCGUAUUUUGUACCAAUGUCCAAGAUUGCAGAUUUCCUUAAAGCCGGUUGUGAGGUAACUAUCCUUUUUGCUGAUCUACAUGCCUACUUAGACAAUAUGAAAGCUCCCUGGGAGCUCCUAGCAUUGAGGACACAAUAUUAUGAAGCUGCAAUUAAAGCUAUGCUUCAGUCCAUUGGUGUUCCACUGGAUAAGUUGAAAUUUGUUAGAGGUACUGAAUAUCAGCUAAAUAAAGAAUACACAUUGGAUGUGUACAGAAUGUCGUCUGUUAUAACUGAACAUGAUGCAAAGAAAGCCGGCGCUGAAGUUGUGAAGCAAGUUGACCAUCCUUUACUUAGUGGCCUUUUGUACCCAGGACUGCAAGCAUUAGAUGAAGAAUAUUUAAAAGUAGAUGCACAGUUUGGGGGUGUUGAUCAAAGAAAAAUAUUUACUAUGGCCGAGAAAUACCUUCCCCAGCUUGGUUAUGCUAAAAGAGUUCAUCUUAUGAACCCAAUGGUCCCAGGUUUGACUGGAGGCAAAAUGUCUGCUUCUGAAGAAGACAGUAAAAUUGACUUGCUAGACAACCCUGCUAAUGUUAAAAAGAAAUUAAAAAAAGCUUUUUGCGAACCUGGAAAUAUCACUGACAAUGGAGUGCUCUCUUUCACCAAACAUGUUAUUUUCCCAUUGAUGAAGCCUGAAGAGAGUUUUAAAAUAACCCGUGCUCCUGAGUUUGGUGGCGAUGUUAAUUUUAAUAAUUUUGAAGAUUUAGAAGCUGCAUUUGCAAAACAAGACAUCCAUCCUGGAGAUUUAAAGGCUUCAGUAGAAGCGGCGAUCAAUAAGCUUCUGGCUCCCAUUCAAGAAAUAUUUAAAGAACCCAAACUGCAGGAAUUGACCAAGAAAGCUUACCCUCCUCCGACAAAAACUAAGGGUAAUGCAGCUGCAGCAGUAGAUGAAAUUGUCCCUUCAAAGUUGGACAUACGAGUGGGUCGCAUAGUUGAGGUUUCUAGGCACCCUGAUGCAGAUGCAUUGUAUGUAGAAAAAAUUGAUCUUGGUGAAGCUGAACCUAGAACUGUUGUUUCGGGAUUAGUAAACUUCGUGCCUAUAGAAGAAAUGCAAAAUAGAGAUGUAGUAGUUUUGUGCAAUUUGAAGCCUGCCAAAAUGCGUGGCAUAGAAUCCAAAGGGAUGGUACUUUGUGCUUCUGUAGAUGAGCCGAAGCAGGUGGAACCUCUAUUGCCUCCUCAAGACAGUAAGCCGGGUGAAAGGAUAUUAGUAGAAGGCUAUGAAUCUGGAGAACCUGAUGAAGUUUUAAACCCAAAAAAGAAGGUUUGGGAGAAAUUACAGGUUGACCUGAAAACUAAUGACAAUUUGUUCGCUGUUUGGCAGAAUAACAAAUUGGUCAGCAAAGUUACUGGCAAUGCAGUGACUACUAAGUCAAUGAAGAAUGCACCUAUUAAAUAAUGUACCUAAAUGUUUGAGGUAUAUUAUGCUUCAUUGUUACCUUAGGGUUAAUUUUUAUGAACAAGUGCAUUUCAACAUGUUUUGUAUUUCUAUUUUACAUGCUUUUACUUGUUUUAAAAUUUUUAUUUAUUUUUUGUAGUGAUGCAACGAAUACGAAUACGAAUAUUCGUAUUCGCCGAAUAUUAGACAUUUACCGAAUAUUCGUAUUCGGUAAAAUAAUAAUUACGAAUAGCUACUUUUUUUAAAUUUUGUCACACACGUGACUAUGUCUCCGAACACUAUAGCCACAAGGACAUGAUGGGAAAACCCCGGUCAGUAUGUAGCAAAGUA